AUGACCUUUCCUGCGGCGACUCCCGAGGCUUUCCAGGGUACCAGCACGAGAGGAGAAAGUGCCGCUCUGCUCCUAGAGCCCCGCGAGACUGGACAAGUCGUAGUGCCGGGGGGACAGAAUGGGCAUGCAACUGCGGUGACCAAGGAUGGGCCCACGGCGAAGCCCUGGGCCCAUUUUGUCGCGGGAGGGAUCGGUGGCAUGGCCGCGGCCACCCUCACCUCUCCUCUCGACGUCCUGAAGACCCGUCUCCAGUCCGACUUCUAUCAAGCCCAACUGAGAACCCUGCACGCCCAGCACCCUCUACCUCAUAAACUCACCUUCACCUCCGUCCCCCGAGCGGCAUUUUUCCACAUCGCCGAGACGGUACAGAUCCUGCGAUCGAUAUACCAGCACGAAGGGUUCCGGGCGUUAUUCCGCGGCCUCGGCGCAAACCUGAUCGGCGUUGUACCCGCACGGAGCAUCAACUUCUACGUGUACGGAAAUGGCAAGAGGAUACUGAACAACUACUUCAACCCCGAGGGGCGGGAGAACGUCUGGAGCGUCCAUCUUCUGGCGGCGGCCACGGCCGGAAUCGCCACGGGCACCGCCACGAAUCCGAUCUGGGUCGUCAAGACGCGACUGCAACUGGACAAAAACACGGCCAGCCAUGACCCAUCAAAAGGACGUCAGUACAAGAACAGUUGGGACUGCAUCAAACAGACCGUCCGGCACGAGGGCUUCCGGGGGCUGUAUCGCGGUUUGUCAGCCUCAUAUUUGGGGGUUACCGAGUCGACGUUGCAGUGGGUGUUGUACGAGCGAAUGAAGCUUUCUCUGGCCAGACGAGAAGCCAAGCGCCUGGCGCACCCCGGGUACCAACGAACAAUGCUCGACGAUGCCGAGGAAUUCGGAGGGAAAUUCUGCGCCGCGGCCGGCGCGAAGCUCUUCGCCGCCGUCAUCACAUAUCCACAUGAAGUGGUCAGGACGAGGUUACGGCAGGCGCCCACCAUGACGACCGAGACAGGCAGAGUUACAAUGAAAUACACCGGCUUGGUGCAGUGCUUCCGCCUCGUGGCUAAAGAAGAAGGGUUGGCUGGGCUGUACGGAGGCAUGACGCCGCAUUUGCUCCGGGCUGUGCCUGCAGCCGCCGUGAUGAUGUCGACCUACGAGAUUUUCUUGCGGAUCUUUGGGACAACCUCGUGA